GCAGGCUGUACGGUCGCCCGUUUUACGAGCUUAACUCUUUAUAGCUCCCUUUCCUUUUCCUUACCCUCUUUUUUUCCUCCUAGGAAGUGUAAAAAGUGUAAGUUCAUUUCUGUCUCAUUCACCAGAUGCGAUGAUUUUAAAGCAGACGACAUUUCGAAAGCACCGCUAGAGUUCAUGCGUUUCAGUUCCCGUGGUCGGGUGCGUGGAAGAAUAAGAAGUGUUGAAGAAGUUUAGACUUUCUUUCUUGGACCGUCAUUAGUCUUGGACUUUAGUGGAUCCCUUAGUAGGGCGACAGUGGAUUUAUAAUGGACGAAAAGCGACAGUUAGAUGGGAGACGCUAAGAAAGUGUCGUCGGUGCUACGGCGGGUGUUUUGGAUUGCUCCUCACUGGAUGUCACGGCCUUAUUAAAGAGUGUCACCGUGUUUGGCCGUGAAAGGUGGAAUCCAUCGGCGACAUGACGAUGGAUAACAGCUGCUUCCGGAAGUUGGUACGUCACAUUCACGACGAGCCAAUCAGGGGCCACAACGCCAUCACGUUCAAACUCAUACGUACAGUGGCCGACUUCACACAGCAGUUGUCCAAACUUCACGAGCAACACGCCGAGGAACUACAACUCUUGGUCGAGACCUUUAGGAAAAGAAAUUCAGAACUUAGGAAAGAAAGGCCGCCGUACCACAGCAGCUUGUUCAACUGCUGGGAGGUUCUGCUGCAGGAAGUAGAAGUAGAUUCUCAGGUUCACGGCGACAUCUCGCGGACACUGGGGCAGCAGCUAGGAGUAAUGCUGCUGGAGAAAACUUUUCACCGAAAAAUUCAGUCGCGAAAAAUAUUUCUGCACCGCGAAAGCUUCGAGACAAUACUUACCAAAGCUCAAGAACUGUUGAACAAGUGCCACGCAGAUUAUAGUGCGGCGUACAGGGCAGCGUGUAACGGCCAAGGAACGCAGGGGGAAUACUAUGACGCCCACAACGCCUACGUCCAACAGCUGGCCGCCACAAACGGCAUGUUGGAGAGGUACUACGCCGCCACGUUACCGGCGCUGCUGGACGAAUUGCAGGACGUCUACUGUGACCUCAGCGCCGUCAUAGCACAGUCUCUACUGGCUGCGGCUCAGCUACUUGCCGACAAAGCGCACGAGCAAGCGGAACACUACGAAGCCGUGGGCGCGUCUUGUAACGCGGUAAACGCACGCGCGGACUUGGCUUCUUUCGUGCGAACCUUGAGUUCAGACACGACAGCUCCGUCGGUACCCAGACAUCCGUUCCAGCUCCCCAGGGCUGUAGGAGACCAAGACUCGAACACUUCUAUAGCAUCUUCGGAGUCCUCUUACCAGACGUUGAGCGAGCAGGUGGUGGUCGACCGACUGGCGACGCUGUCUGUGUCGGGUCGCACGGAAAGCCUAAAGCAAGACAUGGCCCAACUGGAAUCCCAGAUACGACAACUGCAGGAAGCGCUCGACUCACUCAUACGCCUACAGCAAAGAAGCUUGGAGUCCAGCCUGUAUAACAAGGCCAAUGAAUUACAGGAAGAUAUUAGCAUGAAGAGGUUCGACCUCCAUGUUGCCCAGAUACACUUGUCAGCGGUCAGAGCACAGUUUGACCUGUUCCGAGGGAAGGAAGCCGACAGCAGUAGCGAAGAGAAGAACUGUCGAGAGCGCAAGGUGCCCUCGACUGGUGGUGGUGGCGGUGGAGGCGGCGGCACCAUCAAGAAUAAGUGGCUGAAGGCUUUCCGAAGCCUCAAGACAGGCAACUCUGCACCUGGGGUUUCGGACAAGCAAGAGGCACAGGAGAAGAAGAUGGGUAGCAAAGUGUCCAAUGCAAGCGCAGGAGGUUCCUGGGACACGGGGCAGCAUGUCUUCCAAGAGUACACGUACAAGAAGGUAUCUGCCUGUGAUGUCUGCAGGGAGAUACUCCGAGGCCACGUGCGACAGGGCUUGAAGUGCAAGUUGUGCAAGUUUAACGUCCACGCCGAAUGCCAGGAAAAAGCGGGAAGGUGUCAGCCUAAACCACGCUUGUUACGACGGCAAAAGUCGGCCUCGGACAUCGAGACCAAAGUCAUUGCCGUGGAGCCCGACGAAGAUAAACUGAGCGGAACCGUCGGCAACGGAGCAGACGCGGUGGACCCCAUCUACCAGCUGUUGAAGCAGGCAGGGGACCUGGGCAGCUCUCGUCGUGGAAUGGGGGACAAGGAACCCGGAAUGCUGGGUCCUCGCGGAGGAGGGGACAGCAUCGCGUCCAGCAUGGCAUCCCUACAGCAGCGGCGGCCGCGCUCCAAUGCGUCGUCAUCCGCAUCGUCCUCCUCCUCCCAUAUGUUAACUGUUUCCUCUCAUCCGCACCAUUCUUCGUCGUCUGCUCCACACAGUCCGCAGCGCAAGAAGCUGUCGCUGCGCAUGAAGAGCUUAUCCCUGGACAGCCCCGAGUCAACGGAGCAUGCACAUCGCAGGCGGCAGCUUACAGGUCAACCCAAUUCCUCCCAUGGGAGUUCACACAGCCAGUCCCCUCAAAGUCCAGUUCAUGGGCGGCGUCAGCUUCUGAGUGCACGUACGGUACGCAUGAGUUCUGUCGACCUCCCGGACGACAAUGAGAAGUCCCUCAGCAGUGCCUCCACCUCUCCAUGUCCCUCUCCCAAACCGCAUCGCCUUCUUCCAACAAACCUCUACGUAGUGCUCUAUAACUUCCGUAGUCGUCACCAGGACGAGCUCGACCUCAAAGCUGGAGAUACCAUGACUGUUAUCGACACAACCGAUCCCGACUGGUGGCAGGGCAAGUGUUUGGGCAAGGUUGGCUUCUUCCCUUCCAAAUAUGUGGCAAAGCUACAUCCUGGUGAGCGGGCCUUGCAAGUGCUACAUACCAUCCAAGUGCUUGAAGGACAGGAGCCCGUCAAGUUGCUGCGGGAUCAAAUCGUCAUCCAAGUGGGUGAUGAGGCUGAUGGCAAGGUGCUCGUACGGACGGGGCUCGGGGAUAAGGGACUGCCCUGCCCGAUAAAGUACCUGCAGGAAAUAUGAGGUGUCAACUAGCACCGUGACGAAGUCUUGGAGAACCCCCGUUCGAGAGGCAUGCGUACCAUCUCAUGCGUGCAGGCACGCGAUUUUUGCCUCGACAAUCACCCCGCCCGCAGGCACCUGCGGGCUCGAAGUCGGGCCAGCGCGCGCACAAAACGCAAGCUGGUUAUGUGGUGGGAGCAGAAGGCCUCUGCACCUCCAGCAUGCCGUGGGAACAUGUGCUCCAGUGCAGACGGGAAGUACAUUCCCGCUACUGUGGACAGGUGUUUUUAGCAAAUGUGAAUUUUAUUGUGUGUGUUGAGAGACUUCUUUCAGCGACGUGUUACUUUAUUUAUUUAUUUAUUUAUUUGCGUAUUGUAUGUUUUUUUAUUAAGCGCAGUGCUAGAUGAAUCUGUCGCUUAACAUUUGAAUUUUUAAGUGCUUGCGUAAGUUCCUAUUGUUAUCAUAUGGAGAUGUACUAUUACAUAUCACUUCGUGAAAUGUUUGGUUAAAUAAGCCACGAUUUUUGGCCCUAAUGAACGUUUCUAAUUUCAGUAAUUGUGACCUGCCCUCAGGAAAUAAAAAAUUCAUUCUUUUUUGCGUAAUUAUUUUACGUUUGAAGCACAGCUGAGGGAGGUGUAAAUGAACUAGAUUUAUCAAAGUUGAGGCUGGCUGGCCAUGCAGUAUGUUGAUGUCAUUGUCCUCUGCGAGCACACAUGUACGUUCUAGUAGUUUUUAAUGUCACAUGUCUUGCUUUGUCAUUUCUGUUUACUCCGUUGGUACUGACAGAAUUACCAAAGUCUAGCAUUGUAAGAUUUUGAGCUCCCCGGCUCAGAGUCAUAUUCGCUACUCCGCAGUGAGUGUGCGACCCGUAUGCAUGUCUACAUGCAUCAUCGUGUACAGUCUGCAUGACUUCAUUCAUGACAGUCAUCUGUAAUUACAUUGUUGUUGAAGUGUUUAACUUGCACGUAGCAUGUAGAAUUUGCAAGAACGCUCUCCAGAAUUGUAUUUUGUCAAUUUCAUCUGCACUCAAUUAGUAUGAGUUCUACCUCUUAGCUUCGAACUGCAGCCUUCAAAGUUUCAAAUUUUUCAGGGUUUCUGGGAUUGUGGAAGAUCUGUUUUUAAUUUUUUUUUUUUUUCACAACAUUGCAAUGUGGACGGGGUGAAUCUCAUUAACUUCUGUGAUGCUCUCUUCAAGAAUGGAGCUGCUGUAAAUUUAUUUGAGGUGUACCUGCCACAAUUUGGCUGACAAGCAAGAGUACACUGUGCAUAUUUUUAAACAAUGGGGGUGUUCAGUUUCUCACUAUUUUUAAAAACCUUGUCGUGUAAAAAAAGUUCAUGGUACUCCUGCAUGUAACAGGGUCGGAAACGUCGAGCAUUAAUUCUAGUUUCAUUAGGUCACUUAUUCGUGCAAUGUUUAACUUGAAGCAUUUUUACGUGCAAUAUUUUUUUGUGAAGAGAGCGAUGCAUUUUAUACACGUUUUCUUGUAGUAUUUCUGAUUGAAGUUUGUAAAAUUUGUCCAAGUGAGGGAUAAUUUGAAGUGUUGAUGCUGUUCCUCACUGAUGAAAUGCGCUGGAUAGGAUAAUUGCCUUAUUUAUUACCUGGAGAAUACUGAUAUAAAAAAAGCUGUUCUAUAGAUUUUUUAGUCUUUUAUGUUUGCAGCUGUUGGUCUUUUUUUUUUUUUAAUACUAUUGUAUGUGCUUGGCUUUCUGCUACGCCUGAGUACACACAUGUUCAUUGAAGCUGACACUAGUAGCCCACGAAAACAAUUAUCAUAAGUCUGUGUAGUUUUAUAACGGCACUUUUGAAAUUUUUGUGACUAACUUUACAUCAUAGAAUGUUUCGGGGGGAAGAAGCUAAAACUAAUGUCAGCUUUAGUGAAAUAUGCUGUCUCUGAAGAUCCCCAGUUAUUGCAUGUGGGAAUAUAGACCAAGUCAUUCGUCAUAAGCACAAUUCAUCAGAACUGUGGAGUGUGUGUCGGAGUAACUGCACCAAACAUGAUGAGCUUUCAUAGCCCUUGUGGUACUCUAUCGUUAUGGUAUGUACCUCCAACACUUACGAUUCUACCAACAGGAAUGAGACCAGAGACAAAGACAAAGGUAGCGUACUGAAGAGUGUCGAAUUGUUUUAACAUCCUCUUGUACAGGUGAUAUUUUUAUAUAAAUAAGAGUGUGCCUGAGUGGUUUCCUCUGAAAUCUCUAAGCCAGGGUCGUCCGAAGGUCCUGCUGUUACUAAUGAUACGUUAAAAUCUGUUUUUACAAAGACGCUGUUGUUGGUGAUGCAAAGUCCAAGGAGAUUAUAUAAUGCAGUUAGAGUGCUUUGAAUAUACAUUUUACUCUUUGUUGAACUACUUUCCAGAUGUGCAUGUAUUUUUCCUCCCUACAAACAUUUUGUUUCUUCUUUCAUUUGAGUGAUUUGUGAGAAUCAGGAACAGAAGCGUUUCUGACAUGAUUUCUUUUUUAUAUAUAUAUAUAUAUAUAUAUAUAUAGGAAAGUCUUGUCAUUUAAUGCCCAUUUUGGCAGAUAUUUUUUGUGUAUUCUCAGUUUAGUUUAGACGACUUGUUGGCACUGCAUUUUCUCUUGUUUGCUGGUACUUGGUAUGUGCUAUCAUUUUGUACUUCACAAUAAUGCUGUCUGUGCAGCCCUUCAGAAGAAAGAUCCUGUAUUGCUCCCUGCAUGAAAGAGAACUCUGUGUCAUCCUUGUGAAGUCUUUCCUGUGUUUGAGAGAUGAUGUUCCAAUUGUUAUGAAUCUGCACCUUUGCAUGUGAAGCUAGUCCAGCACUACUUUUAUUCUGGAGGUAUACGCUUUAUAGUUGUAGUAAAAGAAAAAUGGGAGACUCAAUAUGUCACUUGUGUAUGCUAUGGCAGGUUUUGUUUGUACAUUUUUUUUCUCAACUGCACAAUGAAUUAAACAAUUGAAAAUGUUGGUUUC